AUGGCACUCGAAGGCGAAACCUGGAAGAGGGAGUUGCGAGAACAGUUUUCCUUGUUAUCAGCAUGCACGCUUCAUGCUCAAGAAAACUAUGAACCGACAGAAGCCGGUGCGCAGCUACAGGAGCAUAGCGGUGAAAACAAGGGAUUCUUACAUUUGAGCGACGAGGUUCUCAUUCUAAUCUUUAAACGGCUAGACGCCUUCUCAUUGCUGAGGGUUGGGAGCACAUGUAGGACCUUGUUCCGAGUUUGUUCUUGCAACUCCCUAUGGACAAGGCACUUCCAGGCGUCCUUCGGAGUUCCAUUUGUUACAGCCACGUGCUCAGCCACAGCCAAAGAUUGCUUUCGGCUUAUUUUCAUGUGGAAGACUCUCUACAGAAGCCUACGCUGCAACAGGUCACUACAGGAGAAGCUUUUCGCGGAGAUUCCGCUUCCCCCGCACAAAUACUGGACGCAGUGGUUGGUGUUGGAAGAAAGCGUCCCUCUGCCGUCUGUGACGCUUCCAUGCAACGAGAUCGCGAUGUUGUGGGGAAUAGAGGAAACCGAUUUAGAUGGGCAAAACCAAGAGAAUAAGGAUGAAGGCGAUGUUUUGAAGUUCGAAUGGAAAGACUUGCACAGAAGGGCCCUCGCGCAUCACGGCAGUGAAACGGCGGUCUACCAGUACGUCCUCAACCGGAAUGCUGUGCACGACCACACAGAGCUGGAGACGCUGUACCGACAGUACAGCCAGUGUCGCUUCCAGUGGCUCUUCACCUACUGGCUGUUCCGCCAGCCCGCGCCCUUCGACCGGCAGCUGCGCUGCGUCUACCUGCAGUGGCGGAAGCACAGCAAGAGGAAGGUGGCGUCCUGGGGGGGCACUCUGUGCGACGUUCAUUACCUGGCCACGCUGCACCCCGUCACCAGGGACUACUGGCGAGGGAAACUGGCCCAUGGCGACGAGGCCGUGGGGAUUCAGACGGUGGAGAACUACUUCUCCAUGUGCAAGUCUCUGGUGUCGUGGAUUCUGGGCCGUGACUGGGGCAGACUGAAGCGCAGGAAGGUGUACGAGGACACCCUGGAGGGGGUCUACCGGCUGCUGAAGAGGGACAUGCACAACGCGCUCAUCGACCACGGCACCUUCUGGCAGGUCGCCAAGGUCCAAAUGGCCCGCGUGUGCGCGCUGGAGGAAGUGGCCGCAAACUACGUCAACUGGAGAAUCAUCGAGACGCUGCCCUAUUACAGGCUCUACCUUGUGUCGGGAAACACGGUCUACCUCGACCACGUGAAGAGCUUCCUGCAUCGGAAGAGGCUGGUCCACAACUGGAUCUGCCAGGAGGAGAACGCAGUGAUCCGGCACCUUCUGUCAGACGAGCUGUACUCUCUGCUGGAGUACGACACCAAAAUUUCCCAAGAGUGCCUUCAUGGAGAGACUCCGGUAGCCCAGCUGGGUCGUGUGAUCUGGCUGUACCUGCACUCGGGCCAGCAGCCCUACAUGGAAGCGGUGAAGGGGCUAGUGCUACAGUGUGCCCAGGCCAGCCUGGACUACCACACCUGCCUCACUUUCCCUGGCUGGUGCUCCCAGCCCGUCAGCUGAGGGUCCUACCUGGGCCCCCAACCGUGACACCCCAACCACUUUCACCCAUUGGCCUGCUAUAGAGCACCAGUAUUCACAGAGGUGGAGUGCAAAAUUUGAGGUGGGACUGCCACCCUGUGUCAGGGCUUUUAAAUGUAGGGUCUGGACACACAGAUGUAUCCAAUGUGGAUUUAUAACUUUUAAACAAAUUUUUUUUUUUUUUUUUAAAUGUACAUUUUGUUUCCCUUUGUCAGCACUACAAAUCCAAGCUGCUGCAAUUUUUUUUGAAGGAUUUUUUUUUAAAGGCUUUUUAAAUAUUUAAGCUUUUAGCUUUUGAAUUGAAUAGGAAUGCAAUUUAUAUUGAAUUGUGUGAUUAAGGCAAAAGGGCUUCCCCCUUAUGUCAGUCGAUCAUGCUGCUGUUCAUUUUGGAAGGAUUUUUUGAGAUUGGUUUUUAAAUCCAUUUUUAAGGUAUUUAAGCUUUUGCUUUGAUCAGGAAUGAAAUUCAUAUUGAAUUGGGGGUUUUUGAAUUUGCACUUAAUCAAAUGGGCAUCUUGUAUUGACCCAUAACUUUGCAAAUGCUUUGUAAAUAUUACUGCUUAUCUGGAAAUCUUUCAAAGGUAUUUGUGUGUAUUGGCUUGUCCAAAUGUGUUCCUGCUUGUUCAUAAGUGGAUAUUGAGCAAUAUUCUUUGCACAUAUUAGAUGAGAACUGCUGACUGAAAUGCAGAAGAACCUUAAAUGCAAAAGUUAAGUAGAUUAGAGUAUGAAAUGCUGUCAAUAUUUAAACAAUUCAUUAUGACUUUGCAUUACCCCUUCCAUUUAGCAUUCUUUGAAAGCAGUUGUCUAGGUCUAGAGUGUAAUUGCACUAGACUCCACUGUAUAAUCAAUAAAUCACAAUUCAAAUUCAAA